GUCGAGUCUAGUCGAAAAACUCCAUUGAUUGGAGCAGAAGGUAGAGCAGAAAGUUCUGCUGCUGUGCUGGUCACAGGGCUUGGCAUCUUACAGCCCUUUGCAUUCGUCAACAAUUUUCAACAAUGUGAGGAAACCCUCCACUGUUUGAUCCAGGAUGAGUUUCCGUGCAGUAUGGGUCUUACCCUUGCCGGGAAGCGGCCCAGAAGACCUCAUAUUCAUCAAGACUUAUCCAACUGUUGAAAAGAGAGCGCUCGUCUUCAACGGCCCAGAGAACCAUGUUUCCCUGCCAUCAGACGGUGUCUUGUAUGAUGCCACAUUGGAGGAACUUGGACUGAAACAAUCUGGCACCAAGUAUGUGGAUUCCAGAGAUACAUGUGACAAGGAGUUCCAGAAGCCAGUCUUUGAGAUCAAGGUGCUAGGUGGCAAGCUGUGGCCAGUUGUCAUCAUCCAGAAGUUUGGCCUUCUGUUUUGCUGCCUGCCUCUUGUCGAGCAGAGUUGUGAACCCAGGCCACCUCUUAUAGAGAUUCUGGGCGUGUCAUUGGGGCUAUCUUUACUGUCUGCCAUAGCCGACUUCAUGGGUCAUUUACCAAAGGAUUUCAAUGCAUCUCAUCCCAAGGUAUUGGAGCUGUACUCCUACAUGUGUCAGGCAGCACCAUUUGGUACGCUGAUUGACAGCAACCCGACUACUGUCAGGGAGGCAAUACAGAAUAAACACUCAACCCAGUUAGUAGCUGCUCAUGCCAAGCAACCGGCAUGGAGACCAGUCAUGACCAAAGGCAAAGGGCAGUUGCACUUCACCAUCACAGAACAGGUGAGGGCGGUGUUGUACAACAGCAGCAACAUGGAGGAUGUAUGCAGUGUCUAUGGCAGCAUAUCAUGCAAGGCAGACUUGGAAGGAGCAACACCAGAAGUCAGUGUGGCUGUCAUUGUACCACAUGACUCCCCACCCCUGGAUAAUCUCAUUGUCCACCCGUGUGUCCAGGGUGGUGACACACAAAUCAUAAGCUCAGGCAUGCCAGGGCUGACCAGCCAGGCGACACCGGCCAAGCUGACGAGACGCAGGCUCCGUUUCAUCCCCCCGAGGGAGCCCUUCACUCUGGGCUACUACGCCUCUGCCUCCUCCACCCCUACCACGCCCCCCAUCAGCGCCACCUAUCAGAUGAGAGGCACCGACAGGGAGGUCACGCUCACAGUCAAGGUCAAGCUGAGCAGUAAGGUCAAGAAUGCCUUGGAGUACUGUGAGGUUCAGCUUCCGUUCUACAACAGAGGAAUAAUUACUGAGAUUGACCCCGUCCCCAGCAUGGGCAGUGUCGUGUUACCAAAUGACAGACGCCGCCUUGGGUGGAACCUUGGCGCCCGCUUCCCCACCCGCAGCCUGGAGGCCACUCUGCAGGCUAAAGUGCAAUUUGCCGAGUAUGACGAGAAGAGACAAUCCAGUACCUACGAGGAUCCAUUCUGUGUCGGGCUGAAUGCAUACGCCAUGAUUUACUUCAAAGUGCCAGACUACACCCACACAGGUUGCCAGAUAGAUCCCAAGUCUGUACAGAUACACCCAAGUGCCAAACCAAAGUUGAAUCUAGUGAGGGAGUUUACGUCUGCCGAAUACAAAGUGUGGAACUCCCAUGGGGAUGCUCAGGCGGUGUUCCCUGUCCCAAAGUACCUCCUGCACUGACUGCAGACACGUGUGUCGUGACUGAGCUUUAGCUGAUUCGUCUUGCCAAAAAAAGAACAUUAACAACACAAACUGUUUCGUCAUCCUGUACAACUGUGUCACCUAUAGGUGUGACGUCAUUAGGUUUGUGGUCUAUCCCGCACUUACGAUCA